CCCUGCUCGCCUUUGUGAACAUGGAUCCAUCCAUUGAACGCGCUCUGGCGCGUCGCGGGCCUGGAGACUCCCCCCGUGCAACGCCAACGUCACCCUUCGAGCAUCUCGACCAGAAGGCUGGCGCAAGAUGCAGCCAUGGUCGGCGACAGCAAAGAAGGCCAUGUCUUUGCCAUUCCCGACUUCUGGCCCAAAUCCCACUGGCUAGAGCCGCACGACGCCGGGCACACAGUCACGCCACUGUUCGGGCAGGAUGCUCUCAUCAGGGAGCCGUCGUUCCAGCCGCGCGACAAUGCAACGGACGGCCUGAGCCUCAGGGCGCCAUUCAGCGCGCUGUCCGUCACAAACACGCUUAAUCGGGAUAUUUCCCUCGAUCAGGAUGGCUUCUUUCGGCUGCCCCCGCUGUCCAGCAGCGAGCCAAGGGAGCCGACGCCAGAAGCCUCCCCGGAGCCGGAGGACCCCGUCGACGGUCCCGGUCAUGUCACUCCCGAGGAGGAUCUAUGGAUGGACGCAUCCGAGUCCCCGCCAAAGAAGGCUUGCUUCCGCUCGUGGGACGCCUUUGAUGCCGGCGAAGUCGCUCCGCACGCACCCAUGUUCCUCAGCGAGGCCGGACCCAACGCCUACGACGCCCUGCUGUCCUUGCCCGACGACCCUCUCCAGCUCGGAAACUUGGCGGUCCCCAUCGUCGCGGCCGAGCCGUACUUUUCGUCUCUGCUUGCCUUGGCCGUCGGAAGGGACUCUAUCUUCUUCGUCAAAAACGAAAGCGCUGGGUCCUUCAAGCCGGCGCUCCCAGCACUGCGCGUUUCCGGCUACUCGCAGCAGGUUCUCCAAGGCCUCGAGGGCCAAGCACACUGGUGCGGCUCUACGUUCUUGCAGCUCGGACUCUUUUCUCGCGCUGCCUUGGACACGCUUCCCAGCCGCUGCGGCGUUGCCCUCGCCAGCAGCAUGACCCAAGUCUUGCAGGCCGUCGAGCAGCGCGUCGCCGUGGACGGAGGCAGCCCCCGCUCGCUGCUACAGCUCCAGGCGACCAUCAAAGAGGUCUUGACCAUUCUCAAGUACCUGAGGAGAAUGGCAACGAAGCUGCGUCCCAACUGUCCAGAUGAGGAGAUCUUGUCCCUCGUGUACCAUACGGCCUCGUCUGUCGAUGACGGGGAGAAUUACAUUCGGUACAUAUUUCGCGAGAUACUGCAACGAGUUUCUGCACCUUGGGUCGAGACAAUCGAAGAAUGGAUAGGCACGAGGCAAGAAAGCGGCAUGCCACUCACCAAGACCAAAGAAGGAGACGCCAAAGGUUUUGUCAAGGUCGAGGCCGAGGCCUACGUGGAUGAUUUUGGGCGCGAGGAAAUAGAAGUCGACUUCCGCCUCGACAGCAGCAAAAUUCCGGACUUUAUGCCAAAGGAUGUCGUCGACACCAUUUUCGAAACCGGGCGAAAUUUGAGAUUCAUCAAAUCCUUUCAUCCUAAGCAUCUGCUAGCCCAGGAGUCGUUGACCGAGCUGAUCCAGCCACCGAAAGCAGAGUGGCACUACAAUUGGGACUCUAUCCUGGAUCUCGAAAAUCGUGUCGCUCGUUACAGAGACAGUUUACGGGCUGCUUUGGAACAGAGCCGCCAUGGGUUGAUGCCAGACGCCCGCUCUGUCAAGAAGCAGGAGAGCCACCCAGCGUCAACGCUGGAAUACUUUGGACUCGAUGAGGGGGCGAUGGAAGCACGAAUCAUGUCAUCCAUAGCUCACCUGGGCCAAUCUAUGGAAGAGGUGGCGAAAAAGGAUCCGCUAAGCAGGAUAGUCCGUGAGGGCCUCACCAGACACUAUCAGCCCGCCUCUAUACAGUCCGACGCGACCCCACACUGGUCACUGCUCCCAGUCUUGUCUUUUGGCGGCAUCGCCUCGGCGCAAGCUCAGAUCGUCAGUCGAGAAGCCUUGCGGCUCCUGUUUGACGCGCAUGACAUUCGCAGCCACCUCAGACUUCAGAGGGACUUUCAGCUGCUCGGUAACGGCAUGUUUUGCAGCCGCCUAUCGCACGCACUGUUUGAUCCUGACCUAGAGUCUGCUGAGAGACAGGCAGGCGUCGCCAUGCAGGGGGGAGUCAUGGGGCUGCGGCUUGGGAGUCGAGACACUUGGCCACCCGCCAGUUCCGAGCUGCGGCUUUCUCUCAUGGGAGUCUUGACAGAGAGUUACGUACAGCAACAAGGUUCGAAGCCUGAGACCAUGGCCUCCCAGUCCGUUGAACCAUCGACCCUGCCCGGGGAUCUAAGCUUCGCCGUGCGGGACUUGUCUCCUGAAGAGAUCGACAAGUGCAUCAACCCAGACUCGCUGGAGGCGCUCGAUUUUCUUCGUCUGUCGUACAAACCCCCACCGGAGCUAACGUCGGUCAUCACGCCCACCAAUCUCAUGCACUACGACAGCAUCUUCAAGUUGCUCCUGAGAGUCUUGCGGAUGCUGCACGUCGUCAACCAACUACACGUGGACGUCAGCGCGCGGACCAGCGCGUGGGAGAACCCCGGGCCCCUGUCGCUCCGGUUUGCCAGAGAAGCGCAAAGGUUUGUGAGCAGCGUGGCUUCGUACUUUCUGGACACAGGUGUUGCGGUUCCCUGGGGCGCGUUCGAGAGGCGGUUGGACAAGGUGCGCGCCGACCUCGACAAGGCCGUCGAGGCGGGACCGGCAACAGUUCAAAGCCCUGACCAACUGCGGCAUCUUCACUCCCAAGUCAUUGACGGCAUCAUGUUUGCGCUGUUCUUGAGGAAACGACAGCAGCCGGUGUUGGCCCUCUUGGAGGAGAUAUUCGCGACGAUUCUGCGGUACGCCAAGUGGUCGCGACUUCACGCGCUAGGACGGAACCUGGAAACCGAUGGUGAGGCCGAGGCGGCGACGCUGUACGCGCAUUUCAAAAAGAAGAUGCAGGUCUUCAUCACUGUGUGCCGCGGCUUGUCGGAGAAGGGCAAGGCGGGCGGCAAGAUGCUGAGGCAGUUGGGCGUGGGCGAGGAGAGCCUGGUUGCGCAGCUUCUGAUGAAGCUCGACAUGUGCGAUUACUACGUCAAGAGCUGAGCGAUAGAUAUAAAAGAUGUAGUCAUGUCGUAAACGUUUAGAGAGCAUACUAUUGCACUGCUCCAUGUGCACGCGUC